AUGGAAGGUACCAUCUCUCCUUGUGGUGCAGCUCUAGCAAAGCUCACAGCACAAGGAAAAAAAAUAAAAAUGGAGGCCAGGGCCAGCCAUGCUCCAACUCUUCACACGGUUCAUAUCUCCCGUCGGACCGCCGUGAACGGUGUUUAUGCCGCUAUUUACGCGGCGGCCAUAAUGGCCUUGCUCUAUCACCAUGCACUCACGCUCCUCCACUCCACCACCUUGUCAUCGUCCUUCUUCAUCUCUCUCUGCUUGCUUAUCUCCGACCUUGUUCUUGCUUCCAUGUGGGCCAUGACACAGACUUUCCGUAUGCGUCUGGUUUACAGGAAUGAAUUCCCGGAAAACAUCAAGAAAGUUGCGAAGGAAUCCGAGUUUCCGGCACUGGACGUGUUCAUAUGCACGGCGGAUCCACAAAAGGAGCCAGCUAUGAGCGUCGUGAAUACUGCGAUAUCGGUGAUGGCUUAUGAUUAUCCGACGGAGAAGCUUUCGGUGUAUGUUUCCGACGACGGAGGCUCGGCUCUAACCCUUUUCGCUUUGAUGGAGGCUGCAAAGUUUGCCAGCCACUGGUUGCCUUUUUGCAGGAAGAACAAUGUUGUAGAGCGGAGCCCUGAAGCUUAUUUUGCUGCUAAUCAUUACUCUUCCAGCUUAAAAUCCGAAUCUCAGAAGAUCAAGAUUAUGUACGAUAGCAUGAAAGACAGGGUAGAGAAAGUGGUAGAGAGAGGGAAAGUUGGGCAAGCAGAGUUAGAGCACAUCAACGGGGGAACAGAAGUUGAGGCGUUCAAGAAGUACUGGAGUGAAGGAUUUACACGCUCUCAACACCCCUCAGUUAUUGAAGUUAUCUUGCAAAAUACUCAAGACAAAGACAUCACCGGUCAUUUUUUGCCCAACCUUAUUUAUGUGUCUAGGCAAAAGUCCACCACUUCACCUCACAAUUUUAAGGCUGGUGCUCUUAAUGUCUUAAUUAGAGUUUCAGCUACCAUGACCAAUGCGCCCAUAUUCCUAGUCUUGGAUUGUGAUAUGUAUUCAAAUGAUCCCAAAACACCUUUGCGCCAACUAUGUUACUUUUUAGGCCAUCAAGCUAUACCCAAUUUGGGAUUUGUUCAAUUUCCUCAACGAUUUCAUGGGAUUAACAAGAAUGAUAUAUAUGCUUCUGAAUACAAAUAUAUAUUCCGACUUGAUCCUAAGGGAUUUGAUGGACUUGCCGGUAGUAAUUUUAAUGGCACUGGUUGCUUUUUCCAUCGGCGUGCUCUUUUUGGUAGUCCAUUGUCUUUUCAGCCACCAGAAAUCGCUGAGCUUGAACCAUAUAACAUUGUGAAAAGGCCUAUUAAGUCACAAGAAGUUUUGGCACUGGCUGAUCGUGUAUCAUCUUGCACUUAUGAGAAGCACACCUACUGGGGCUCUAAGAUUGGCUUUAGAUAUGGAUCCCUAGUGGAGGACUACUACACAAGCUUUAGGUUGCACUGUGGAGGAUGGACAUCCAUAUUCUGUGAUCCUGAAAGACCAGCAUUUUUGGGUGAUGCGCCUAUCAACCUCGUUGAUAUCUUAAACCAAACUAAACGAUGGUCCAUUGGGCUCCUUGAGGUGGGUUUCUCAAAAUAUAGUCCAAUAACUUUCGGAAUACGAUCAUUGGGCCUACGCAUGGGCCUUGCUUAUUCGAAUAUAGCUUUUUGGCCCACAUGGUCCAUUCCAAUCACCAUUUAUGCUUUCCUCCCCCAACUAGCUCUUAUAAAAGGAUUCCCAAUCUUCCCCAAGGUCUCAGAAACAUGGUUUUUAUUGUACAUGUUUCUUGGACUAGGAGCAUAUGGACAUAAUUUGAUUAUCUAUGUUUUAGAAGAAGGAACAGUACAAAAUUGGUGGAAUGAUCAGAGGAUGUGGAUGAUAAGGGGACUGUCAUCCUACUUGUUUGGAUUGGUCGAAUAUUUUCUCAAAUGCUUUGGAAUUUCCACCCAAGGAUUCAAUGUGACUAGCAAAGUUGUUGAAGAUGAACAAAGCAAAAGAUAUGAACAAGGAAUCUUUGAGUUUGGAGUCCCAUCACCCAUUUUUGUGCCAUUAACAAUGGCUGCAAUACUCAAUCUGGUAUCAUUCUUUGUGGGGAUUGUACAGAUCAUCAGAGGAAGCAAAUUAAUGGAGGAACUGUUUGUGCAGAUGUUUAUUGCAGGAUAUUUUGCACUGAAUUUUUGGCCAAUUUAUGACUCUGUCUUCCUUAGGAGCGACAAAGGAAAGCUUCCUAGCAAAACUACAGUGCUUGCAGCUUUUCUUACAUGGAUUGUUUAUAAAGCAUCUGGUUUUAUUCUGAGGAAUUAAGUUGAGGAGCUUUAAUUUGCUCUUUAAAUUAUUCAAAGUAUAUAAAUGAUUCUGAGCUCACCUCCAAUAAGCCAAGUUGUGUUAUGGGAAAAAAAAAUGCUACUUUAAGGUAGCAUUAGUGCUGCUGCAGUUUCUUCCACCUCCUACUUUAAUAAUUUUCUAUACAAUUGUAUUCUCAAGU